AAACAUUUCUACUGGCACGCCGGCGCAAAGAGCUGAACCAUUAUGGCGACCGUUGCUCUGUUUUGGAUUGGUGAAUUUCAGAGGGAGAAAAGUCCUGGAAAAAGGCAUUAGGUCGAAAAACGUAUAGGAAAAAUGUUGUUUGUUACGAGAUUUUCUAUAAGGCGAGCAUAGUCUUAAUGGGCAAAGCGGCAAUCCUAGUACCAGACUGUAGGGUAAAGAAUAACAAAGCUACAACCUGUACAGUAGAACUUGUCAGUCAGCACCUACAUAACCUAGAAGAAGCCAAUGUUUAUCCGCUGGCAUUCAAAGCCCAUUUUGAAGACAGCUCCACUCCAGCAAAAUAGGGAACUCCAGCGAAAAAAUGCUAGAAUCGGUCAUUGCAUUGAGUUCAGAUGAGGAAGAAACCGAUCAGCCACCAGAUAAGAAACUGAAACGGUAUGAUCCACCGGAGCCCCAAGUCACCCUGACGAUGGUUCCCAAGGAUAAAAAAAUCGACACUGUUACCCUGGACUCGGAUGAUGAGAUUCAGAUGGUUGGCUCCGAAAAAUCUCCAUCUGGUGCUGAUAAAAGUCCGGAACUUAUCAUGUUGUUUGAUGAUGAUGAUGAGGAAAACAAGCCUGCCAAGCGCAAGAGGAGCCCCAACAAAGUAUUGGUCAUUGAUAGUGACAGUGACACUGAAACAGCCCUAACUAAAAAAUCAGUUACUGUGGUCACAAAUGGGGCACAGCCCGAUACCUCUGUGCAAGCCUCAACGGAUUCUCAUCAGUGGAUGGAUGUUUCAAUCCAAGAUUUAGAUGGAGAAACUUCCGAGGCUCUCACAACUUCAGUGAUUACUGCCUCAGAGACGCAGACAUUGGAAGACGAGAGUGACUUUGCCGAGGCAAAUGCUCUAUUUGAAGCGUUCUUAGAGUCUGUGAAGGCUAAACUGGUAGGCUCCGAGUUCGAAGAAGUCUUGCCUAAAAAACUGCUCAUUAUGAGAAAGUACUUUCAAAAAAGCGCCUCCCAUGUGAACGAAAAGGGCUUCUUGGCCAUGCUGAAGGAAACCACAGAAACAAUCCAAAACGUCCCAAAUGCCGAUGCUGCCAAUAAAACAGUCAUAGGAUUUCACAAGGUUUAUGGGAGCCUCAAAUCGUACAUCCAUAACAGCACUAUAGAGAUCGAGGCAGAUCAUUUACCCAAGGUGAAGAGGCUGGAGAAAAUUAUCAAGUUAUUAAGGAAAAAAAUCAAACAGCUGGAUGAAGCAGAGGUGGACUUUGACGCCGAUGAGAACUCCGCGUAUUUGAUGUGUGAUAGGUAUCAGAAAAAGCUGAAGAAAGUUUAUGCAAAGUACUGCGAGUAUAUCAGGCGCAACCCGCAAAGUGGCAGAGCAAUUUACGAUAAAAUCCAAUUUGUGCACUCAAAAUACAACGCAAUCAACCAGGCCCUGAGCAGGAAGUAUCGGAACAGUGUGGAAUUUCCUAGUUACUACGAAGUGGAAAAGUGCAUAAAAAAAGUGGUCACCAAUGAGAAAUUGAACCUCAGUGUGCAGUGCAUUAAAGUGGAAAGCGAAAAAUGCUUCAAGCACUUGGGCAGCAUUUUACAGAAAAAGCGCCGGCAAGAGUUGUACGACUCCCACUUGGAUUUCAUCGACUUGACUUCGGAUCCUGCUUCCAAAGAUGUGGCGCUGGAAAACACCCUCAAGAAAAACUAUACACAAGGCAAGGAAAAGCUCGACCAGCUCUACCAGAGAUACGUUGAAAAGCAGGAGCUAGGUGAAUAUCAUGUGUCGUCUGAAGAAGAACAAUCGUCCUCAGAAAGCGAUGCCGAAGACAAACUGACAACAGAAGUGACGACGAAUAUACUCGUAAAUGAUGAACAAUCGGACACAGUCACUGUGGCUGAAAGUGCUUAAGGAAAUCAGUAAUAAUUAAAUCUAAACUAUCAAA